AGCAAUUUUGGCUCAAGCCAUUUCGGCUCACCCGCUCGCCGUGGGCGUCCGGCCGCCUGCUGUCUCGCAGCCAUGGGCGAAGAGGAAGUCGCCGCGCUGGUCGUGGACAACGGCAGCGGCAUGGCUUCGCUGGCGACGACGCUCCGCGCGCCGUGUUCCCUUCCAUUGUCGGCCGCCCGAAGAUGCCAGGAAUCAUGGUCGGCAUGGACCAGAAUGACAGCUACGUGAGCGACGAGGCCCAUGCGCGGCGUCCUCACCCUGAAGUGCCCCAUCGAGCAUGGCAUCGUGACCAACUCGGACGGCAUGUAGAAGAUCUGGCACCAUACCUUCUACCACGAACUCCGCGCGAAUCGCGAGCGCAUGACGAAAAUUGUGUUCGACACAGUCAACGUUCCGGCGAUGUACGUCGCGAUCCAGGCAGUGUUCUCGCUAUACGCCUCUGGCCGCACCACAGGGAUCGUCAUGGAUUCUGGCGACGACGUGUCGCACACCGUGCCCAUUUACAAGGGCUACGCGCUGCCGCAUGCGACCCUGCGUCUGGAUCUGGCAGGGCGGGACCUCACGGAGUAUUUGAUGAAGAUCCUCACCGAGCGUGGCUACUCAUUCACCACCACGGCUGAGCGAGAGAUUGUGCGCGACGUCAAGGAGAAGCUCUGCUACAUUGCGCUCGAUCUCGAUACCGAAAUGAAGGUCGCAACUGAGAGCUCAGACAAGGAGAAAACGUACGAACUUCCUGAUGGAAACAUCAUCACUGUGGGCAGCGAGCGCUUCCGCUGCCCCGAGGUGCUCUUCCAGCCCAGCUUCGUUGGCAAGGAAGCCUCUGGCGUCCACGACACCACCUUUCAGUCGAUCAUCCAGUGCGAUGUCGACAUCCGCAAGGACCUGUACGCUGGCGUAGUGCUGUCCGGUGGCACUACACUGUUCCCAGGCAUCGGCGAGCGCAUGGCCAAGGAAUUAAUUGCCUUGGCUCCUUCCACAAUGAAGAUCAAGGUUCUGGCUCCACCUGAGCGAAAGUACUCAGUGUGGAUCGGUGGGUCUAUCCUUUCUUCGCUCAGCACCUUUCAGCAGAUGUGGAUCUCCAGCGGUGAGUAUGACGAGCCGGGCCCCACCAUUGUGCAUAGGAAGUGUUUCUGAGGGUUUGCCCUCAGUAUGGUUUGGUAAACUAACACUUUGGAUCGUUCUGCCCACAAGAGGGUUCUGCUCAAGCCAGCCAAGCUAGAAUCGUCCGAUGUGUUGGAUGGAGUUUGUGAGCUUGCCUCACGCCCCAAGGUUCACAUAUUGCGCUGACAGUAAGAAUUCGCAUUGGCCGCACUGGCGUUGUGAAGUAUGUCAGGACAACUGCUGAAUCCUUUUGGCGUUCAGAGCAGUUCUCUCCGCCUGCGCAGGUCAUCUGUUCUGCUCGUUGGCCCGUCUUGUUGCAGUUUGCCCGGGGCGUACCACCAGUCUACGGCAGAAUGGCAUGCAAUUGGCGGAGACAGACAAAGAAAAGAAAAAAAU